CCCAAGAAUGAAGCAAUGAAACCAGACCAGGAUGAAUUUGCUGCUUUGUGUGGCUCUAGUUGCAACAAAACAAGCAUGGCGGCCGCGCCGGGUAGCUCAAGAGAAGCAGAUGUUUUGGGGGGUAAUUCUCAAGGCAAGGAUGGCGGAGGGGGUGAUACGAGUGUAGCGCCAGAGUCCUCGGUGGGAACGAGUUCUGACCAGAAGCCUGUGUGCCUUAUCGUCCUUGGUAUGGCAGGAUCUGGAAAAACGACUUUUGUACAGCGUCUCACGGCUCACCUACACGCAAAGAAAAACCCCCCAUAUGUGAUAAAUCUAGAUCCUGCAGUUCAUGAGGUCCCCUUUCCAGCUAACAUCGAUAUCCGUGACACUGUUAACUACAAAGAAGUAAUGAAACAGUAUGGCCUCGGUCCAAAUGGCGGCAUUGUCACCUCACUGAAUCUCUUUGCAACCCGGUUUGAUCAGGUUAUGAAGUUUAUUGAGAAAAAACAGAAUUGUCACCAGUAUGUUCUCAUAGACACUCCAGGACAGAUUGAAGUCUUCACUUGGUCGGCUUCUGGAACCAUCAUCACAGAAGCUCUGGCCUCCUCUUUCCCCUGUGUGGUGGUGUACGUGAUGGAUACGUCCCGCAGCGUCAACCCUGUGACAUUCAUGUCCAACAUGCUCUACGCCUGCAGCAUUCUGUAUAAGACCAAGUUGCCCUUCAUCGUGGUCAUGAAUAAGACAGACAUAAUCGAUCACAGCUUUGCGGUGGAGUGGAUGCAGGACUUUGAGUCUUUCCAGGAUGCGCUGAACCAGGAGACCUCCUACGUCAGCAACCUGACCCGGUCCAUGAGCCUGGUUCUAGAUGAAUUCUACAAUAACCUGCGGGUAGUGGGCGUGUCUGCGGUCACAGGAACUGGGCUAGAUGAGCUGUUUCAUCAGGUGUCUGAAGCCGCGAAGGAGUACGAGACGGAAUACCGGCCAGAAUAUGAGAGACUUCACAGAGAACUGAGUGAAGCUCAGAGCAAGAAACAGCGGGAACAGCUGGAUCGCUUACGGAAGGACAUGGGCGAGGUUUCCAUGGAAACCCCUGCACCCGUAGAAGCCUCGGACCUCGCGGGCCCCAGCGACCUCAUUUUCAUGCGGGGGAACCCCGACGAGGAGGAAGAGGAGACGGUCGACAGCGACACGGACGACAUCGACCACAGCGUCACGGAGGAGAGCAAGGAGGCAACCGCGUUUGGGAACUUUCUGAAAGAGAGGAAGACGGUGAUGGAGGUGCGCAGUAGGAAACAGCAGUGACACCCUGACCCCUGACCCUGGAUCGGAGAUCGUCUGUCGCGACCCUCUCUGCCUGCACCAGCGGUCCCUGCGGUGGGACGCAGGUCGGCGAAAUGAAAGAGGGGCUGGCUGUAAAAGGGGCGUGGUUUCAUGUAUAGGCCCCUCCCCUUCUCUGUGCAUGUUUCACUGAUAUGACCACCUGCACACGGACACUGUGACUAUAGGGAAAUAGCCGUUUUUGUAUCAUAGUGAGCAACUGAGCUCCUGUGCGUAUGGUGAUUAUAGGGGAAAUGUAACCGUUUCUCUUGAUUUGAAGGAGCAAUCCUGUGGCUUUUCCGUCAACUUAAAUUUCACAAAUGUACUGCUCAUUGAAAAAUAAAUAAAUAAAUAACUUUUUUUAGCAGCA